ACGCGUGGUUUGCCCCCAUUCUUUGGCUUCCAAUAGUUGCAAGGGAUGAAGGUGGACAUCUCUGUGAUUACGGAGAUGCCAAGCACCCAGACUCAGCCCACCCCAGCUUUGGGGGCCAGUACCCAGCCAUGAUGCUCAACUGGAAGCUCCUUGGGAUCCUGGUCCUUUGCCUGCACGCCAGAGGCAUCUCAGGCAGCGAGGACGACCCCUCUCACCCACCCGCAGAGGACCGAGAGGAGGCAGGCUCCCCAACAUUGCCUCAGGGCCUCCCAGUCCCCGGUGACCCUUGGCCAGGGGCACCCCCUCUCUUUGAAGCCCCUCCGCCUCCCCGCCCCAGUCGUCCCUGGAGAGACCUGCCUGAAACUGGAGUCUGGCCCCCUGAACCGCCUAGAACAGAUCCUCCUCAACCUCCCCGGCCUGAUGACCCUUGGCCAGCGGGACCCCAGCCCCCAGAAAACCCUUGGCCUCCUGCCCCUGAAGUGGACCACCGACCUCAGGAGGAGCCAGACCUGGACCCACCCCGGGAAGAGUACAGAUAAUGGGGUUCCGCCAGCCGUUCUGCUCCCAGGCAUCUCCAGGCACCCACGCCCUCUCCACUCUGAUUCCCCGUGAAUUCUUCCCAAUUUAGCCCGUCUCCUUAAACCUCUUCCUCAUUCCCUCGGUUUUAUUC